AAUUCAUUUCACUGACCAGAUUGCUAUGAGAGCCGAGAUCGUCCUGGGUAAAAUCUUACAGAAGAAAUCAUGGAGACGCUCCAGCUACAUUGUAUCUUCCAAGAUAUACUGGGGUGGGAAAGCGGAAACAGAGAAGGGACUCUCAAGAAAGCACAUUAUAGAAGGGUUGAAAGCAUCAUUAGAGAGACUACAGUUAGAAUAUGUGGAUGUUGUAUUUGCCAACAAACCAGAUGUUCACACUCCUAUGGAAGAAACCGUAAGAGCUUUCACCCACUGUAUCAAUCAAGGCUGGGCUAUGUACUGGGGAACGUCCAGAUGGAGCCCAACUGAAAUCAUGGAGGCAUAUUCUGUAGCCCGACAAUUUAAUCUGAUUCCACCAAUAGCAGAACAGACAGAGUAUCAUCUGUUCCAGAGAGAGAAAGUGGAGACACAAAUGCCAGAGCUAUACCAUAAGAUAGGUAUAGGGACUAUAAUUUGGUCACCUCUAGCAAGUGGUAUUCUCAGUGGUAAAUAUGAUGAUGGUAUACCAAUAUAUUCCAGAGCUGCACUAAAGGGAUAUAGCUGGUUAAAGGACAAGAUAUUGAGUGACGAGGGCAGACGUCAGCAGACCAAACUUCGGGAAAUUGCUGAGAUAGCUGACAAGUUAGGCUGUUCUUUGUCACAGCUCGCCAUAGCAUGGUGUUUAAAGAAUGAGAAUGUACACUGUGUUUUAUUGGGGGCAUCUACAGUUGAUCAACUUUACGAGAAUAUACAAGCUUUGCAGUAUGUUUCGAAACUAACAUCUGGUAUCAUGCAUGAACUGGACAAACUUCUUGGCAACAAGCCAAGUAUUUCGCGACGUGAUAACGUCUCCAGGUGACUAGCUACACAACAAAGUCACGAGCAUGUCGAGGGCACUUCGUACACUGAAUCGCACCCUUCAUCUACACAACGAAAAGGCUCACUGCUCCCUUACAAUGCCGCAUGCAGUCUGCAAUAAGAUCCAUUCACAAAUUUAUAUUGUGUUUAUGCCAGUGUAAAGUGUUUCGAUUCACAGUAUGCCAUUGUUUCACAGGACCGAGUCUUUAUCGUUGAAAAUAAUCUCUCAGUUACUUGAAUGUCUUGUAAAUUUAUGGUACUGAUUAAACGUCGCAGUACAAAGUAUCAUGAAUCUAGGUCGAUAUAUUGUGACACAUUCAUUCAUUGACCAGUAUUGCAUUAUGGACUUUUUUGGUUCAUAAUCAAAAGUAUUUUUGGUAGACUAAUUCUGUAAAUGUCAUUCAUAAAAAUUUUGGGAAAGAGACUGGUUUUGCUAAAAUCAUGAAAGUGUAUUUCAUGUGGACUGGUUGUCUUAUUUUAUUUUUCAUAAACACAUACAUGAAUUUCAUUUUUUUUUCCUUAAAAUAAUUAUAAAUGUCUUAUUAUAAAUGUCUUUUCAUUGAUGUUUAAAUUUGAUUUUUCCCUGAAAAUCAUUUCGUCCCAUUUACCAAUGACUGAAUAAAAAUUGUAAACUGUUUUUGCAAUUAAAAUAAAUUUACUUAAACCAGUCUGCUCUGAAAAUAAAAGACUAUGAGAUAUAUGUAAACCAGUCUGUGUCACUAUUUCUUGUGCUACAAAAUCAUGUUAUUAUAUUAAGGUCUGGUACCAUUCUGUUUAAACCCUUAACCUGCUGACUUUGUGAAAUGAAUUUUCACUCCUUCGAAUUUUGGAACAGUCCGUUUAAAGUAUAAUGGAAAUCAGUAUCAAAUUACAAAAAAAAAAUGAGUUCCUUAGAAUAUAAAACCUCUGGUCAGAUUGCACCAGAAGUACUGACUGGCCUGGUCCAAGACUAAUAACUUUGGAUUCAUUCAGGUUUAUAGGCUAAAUAUUGGUACUGUACCAUUACUAAUUUAAGAUUAGUUCCUAGCCAUAAUGUGUUUAUAGAUUGGUUCCUAAUCAACAUGUGUUUAAAGAUUGGUUCCUAGCCAUUAUGUGUUAAAGAUUGGUUCCUAGCCAUCGUGUGUUUAAAGAUUGGUUCCUAACCAUCAUGUGUGCCAUAGAAACUGAUGAAAAUUAUCUGGUAGCUUUAUAUCAAGUCAUAUAUGUGUCACUUAGAUAUGCAAUUUUAUCAUAGUUUUAUAUGUAUGCACCAAUAAGUUAUGUGUAUUCUAAGGUUUUGUUGCAUGCUGUCAGUGAUGUUAAUGUACCACUGUUUGUGCCCACUGUUUUAUUGACUUGAUUGGAUGUCCACACAUAAUUUAUUGCAAAAUAAAUGUAAUACAUAUGAAGCAUUUUAACAGACAAUUUAUGAAAUGUAAUACAUAUGAAGUAUUUUUAGAGAUAAUUUAUGAAGUGUAAUACAUAUGAAGCAUUUUGAGCGGUAAUUUAUGAAGUGUAAUACAUAUGAAGCAUUUGAGAGAUAAUUUAUGAAGUGUAAUACAUAUGAAGCAUUUGGGAGAUAAUUUAUAAAGUGUAAUACAUAUAAAACAUUUUGGGAGAUAAUUUAUGAAGUGUAAUACAUAUGAAGCAUUUUGAGCCGUAAUUUAUGAAGUGUAAUACAUAUGAAGCAUUUUGAGAGAUAAUUUAUGAAGUGUAAUACAUAUGAAGCAUUUUGAGAGAUAAUUUAUAAAGUAUAAUACAUAUGAAGCAUUUUGAGAGAUAAUUUAUAAAGUGUAAUACAUAUGAAGCAUUUUGAGAGAUAAUUUUAUAAAGUGUAAUACAUAUGAAGCAUUUUGAGAGAUAAUUUAUAAAGUGUAAUACAUAUGAAGCAUUUUGAGAGAUAAUUUAUAAAGUGUAAUACAUAUGAAGCAUUUUGAGAGAUAAUUUAUAAAGUAUAAUACAUAUGAAGCAUUUUGAGAGAUAAUUUAUAAA